AUGAGAUACGGACCGCUGUGCCGCGUGACGGCCGCGCCGAAACCCAAGACAAGCGAGGCACACAAGCGCAGCGACGGGCGCACGGGUUGGGAAGAGCUGCGGCCAGUUUUCCUAAAGGCGUCAUUCUUGUCCUCCGCGGCCGGUUCGGCCUACUUCGAAGCCGGAGGCACAAAAGUGUUCUGUGCGGUGCACGGCCCACGCGCGUGGGCGAGCUCGUCGAUCGACGCAGUAGUGCACUGCGAGGUGCGAUGGGCGCACUUCUCGGGGCGGCGCGAGGAGACGCGGACCGCGGCGGGGGGCGAGCGGUCGCGGCCGAGCGAGUCCGCAACGGACGAGGAGCGCGAGCUGGGCGCGUCGCUCGCCCGCACGCUAGGCACGGUGACGCGCGUGGAGAUGUACCCCAAGUCGCGCAUCGAGGUGAGCGCGCUGGUGCUGGAGGACGAUGGGAGCUCGUUCGCGGCCGUGGUGACGGCGGCUGCGCUGGCGAUGGCCGACGCCGGCAUCGAGAUGGCCGACUUGACCGCCGCGAUGACCGCUGCCGUUGUCGACGGCAACGUCGUGGUCGAUCCCAACGCGGAAGAGGAGCGGCGCGCGUCGGGCACGGUCAUGGUGGCGUACAUGGGAAACGUCGGAAAGGUGACGGACCUCGUGCAGACGGGCGAGAUGGAGAUCGGGCAGUUGGCGCACGCGAUCCAGACCGGGUGCCAGGCGGCGACGCAGGUGCGCGGGCUGAUCAAGGCGUGCUUGGAAAAGCAGGCGGGCAAGGUGCUGAAGAAACGCGGGCGCGGGGCGUAG